AGCCCCUGCCCCCCUUGGUCGAUUUCUCUCCCCCUUCCGUUCCCGAAAAGCUCCCCGUGCUUAUAAAUACGCGGCUCACCCCGUCCCGUCGCCCCCUUCCGAUCGAUCCCCCACCGGAUACCACCGCCACCGCCACCAACCGAUUCCGUCUAGCGCCUCCCCCCGGUGCUCCCGAGGCGAGGCGAGGCGAGGCUCUCCGGCCCGCGGAUUCCUACAGCCCCCGUGCCGAUCGCGACCCGCCCCCCGGCCGCCCCGACCGCGAGGUGAAGCUUCCUGCCUGAAUCAUCCCCGCGAAGCUGUUUCCCCUUCCCUUCUCGAAUUGUCCUGGGCGGGGUGAGCUUGCUCUGCUCCCGUGUCACUGUGCCCCGCGGGCGAUUGGAUCCCCGAGCGCCGCGAUUCGGCGUUGGGGGUGUCAGUUGCUCGGAGUCGGAGCUGCGAGGGAGGGGUUUCGUUCGGACGCCUUUGUGCGCGUUUGGUUGGGGCCGGGGACCGGCAAACCGCAGCGGUCGCGGGAAGCUACUGGCUCAGUGUUCAGCUCGUGCGAGGGGUUUGUUGUUGUUUUUUUUCUUUCCGUCGGACUUUGUGGUGUAGUUGCAUGCUCGCUCAAUUGAUGCAGCCAAGCUCAUUCCGGAGUGCCGAGUGUGGAAUGUGGAGCUACGAGUCAGCAAUGUCUUCGGUGAUUAGGCUGUGGAUUUGACUUGUGGUGGAUCGUGGACGUAUAUGGUUUGAAAUUUGUGCCAUGGAGUAUGGUUUUUCAUUUCGGCCGGCCAUGCAGAUUGGAACUCUCAUAAACAGUCAGCAUAAGCUUUUGGCAGGUGCUCACUGCAGAGAGUUUUGCUUGGUCUUAGUUGAAUGGAGUCGGGAGAUAGCUGUGACAGUCCGAUCAUAGCUCAUUAGUGAUGAGGUUUGGUUCUAACAAUUAGGGAAUUAUUUGGACUUUCAACAGUUCUACCCCAAACUUUUGGUUUGGUUGGAAGAAUUUGGUUCUAGUUCGCUCUUCAUUUUGUUCCUUAAAUUCGGUAUUUUCAGUUAGUCGCUACUGGGCCUUGGGAUUUUGUAGUUGCUAGCAUUUCAGGUCUAGGUAGUUUGUGGUACAGUGGUGGUGCUUUAGAUUGGUGUUUUUUCUUUGGUUGGUUGUGGUGCUCAAAUACCCAGUACUUCUUUCCUGCUUCGCAAUAAUAUAGCAUUUUGUUCAAGUUAAUGCCAUUCAUAUUAUUUUUUUAUCAUAGCUUUAAAUUUAUGAGGCUUGAGGAUGGAACAAAGUAACACCAAUAGGGAGUUUAUAAUAUGGCAAUGGACAAAGUAGAUAAAUGUGCUAGAUUGUUAAAUUCAUCAUUUUUCAAUUCCAGAAGGCUCUGAUAUUCUCAAGUUACAAGUAGAUAUUCUAAGUAGAGCAAGUUGUCACUAAAAUGGGUAAUUGAUCAAUUUGUUCCUAACCAUGGGAACUGCAUUGUUGUCACAUUGUAAUAUCCAUGUGUUCUCACAACUUCUUCUACAACUUACUUUUCGCCCACUUUGCUGCUUGGACAUAUGCCCAUAAUUACUCCUCUCCCAGUAAAGUAACUUGUCCUCAAGCUUUGUGGUGGUGAACAUGGUUGAAUCCUAGGUAGUGCCAUAGUGUCACGGUGACGAGGAGGUUAUGAUGCGCACACAACACUGCACGAGAGAAACCACCCAAAAAAAAACAGUGUUGCUCAAACAAUACUCUUCUACCCCUCUCUCUCAUCCACCUCUCUCUUCUUUGGCAAGCUUCUCCACGAAAACAAAACUUUAACCAACUGAUUACAUUUUUUUUAAUUGUGACAUGUUGUUUGUUUGUAGGAGAGAUGAGCGAACCAAUCCUGUUUGCACAUUCAAUGACUAACUUUUCUUCUUUAGUUUUUCCAUCCUACCACUGCAAUGUAUUGCAAGCUUGAUGCCCUCUAUCGAAUGCUAUUUUUUGUGUUCCGAUACUACCUUUGCUACCAAUGCAUGAAUUUCUUUUAGCAACUAUUUAAGUUCUUAUGGACUGUACUGUGUCAUCUCUUAAUAUCUGUUUGAAGCCUGGGGUUUUGUUCAGACCUAGCAAUUCUAGUCCAGUAGCCAGGAUUGUAGUUGUCGUUAUGCAUCACGACCUAGCCACAAGGCAUCAUACCCAGGCUUACUAAUUAACAUCGCUAACAUGACUGUUAUCUGUGUUUGAAGUUUAGUAAUUGACUGCACGGAGAUUUGAAGGAAAAAAGAGUAGUUACUAUUCAACCAGGUGACUGUACAGCGGGACUGCAUUAGUAAUGCUCGGGCACCUAUCUGCUCAGUGCAGAAGGGAAUAGAUUAAUGCAAGAUUUUCAUAAGCGGCAUAAACUCUUGCUGCUUGUUUUGCGAAGUCUUCUAUUCUUGCCUCUCAUGUUGACAUGCAAAUACUACAAUAAAUGUUCGAUGUUACUGCCUAUUUGACAGGAAGGAAGUGGUGAUGAUAAAGGAUAAUUACUGACCAAACUUGCUAUAAUUCUCCUUAAGGAAAUAGAAGUUGACAUCAUGUCACAUAGAACUAUGGUAUGGAGACAUCAGUCUGUUAAUCCUGGAUGGGAACAAGGACAUGUCCAAGUUCAAUCAGAAAGUUCCUAUUAUGGAGGCCCUGGAAUUGAUUCAUCCAACCUGGGUGUGCAAGUUGCUGCCGGAGUUCCAGGAAAUACUGCUAAUGUUGGUAUCUGUGAUCUGCGGAAUCAUGAGCGCCAGCAUGUUCAUAAUUCAUACCCACAUGUUGGUGUUACGUCAAGUUUUGUCUUCCCAACUGCUAUGCACAACCCUGGCAUGGCAACAGCAGCUGUUAACAUAUAUAUUCCUCAGACUCAAAGCUUUGGACUGGGCAAUGUGCUACCACCAUCUUUAUAUCAUCAAGUUCCUGCAGGAACUAUUGAUGAGAGCAGCAGCAGUGUCAAUUUUGGUGACAGUGCUAGUGGAUUCAUCAAAAGGAAAAAUGCAGUUGUGGCUGGUAACCAUCAUUUUCUUCAUGGAUUUGCAGGUUCAAGUUCAUCUGCUCAUGUGCCUCAGAAUCCUGCACGUGGGCCAUGGAAUGCUUCAUUUCAAUCAAAUUGUUUACCCAAUUCUGCAGCUUCAAACCCACCAGAGUUCCACAGUAGCAAUGCCUGUCACAUGGGCCAGUGCAAUACAUGGAUUCCGCAGGCUGCAAAUGGUGUUGGUCAUGGAGUACCACAGUGGGGAUAUAGUAAUUCAGUGGCCAAUCCUCCAGGAACCACAGACAUGCCGAAUGGAAUUGUUCAGGGGCCUCUACCUCAUUUCUCCCAGAAUCCUUUGCAUAGUAUGCAAAUGCAAGUACCUCAAAUACAAGUAUCCCAUCAACAGUUCCUCGGUAACAAUGUGGUGCAUGGUUUAAAUCCUUCUGCCGCAGGCCUUCCUUUAGAUCCAAGAAUGCUGGCUUUCCCAUUCAAUUCUGAGCACACUUUUGGGCAUCCGAUGCAUCCACCUCUUACAAACCAAGUAAACAGUGGGGUUUUAAGAAUUCUGCCAUAUCAGAAUGCUACCAUGCUGGAUCGAUCAAGGAUUCAUGAAGUAGGACAUGUUAUUGAUGAACAUCAAGACAUGCGUCUGGAUGUGGAUAACAUGACUUACGAGGAGCUUGUAGCUUUGGAAGAGCAGAUAGGCGAUGUCAAUACUGGUUUGACAGAAAGUUACAUCCAAGAGAACUUGAGGUCAACUUUCUAUGUUCCAAGAGCAGCUGGAGUGUCUGAUGAGUUUUCUGAGCUCUCUUCGGAGAAUGAUGCUUGCAUAAUAUGCCAGGAAGAGUAUGAAGCUGAAGAACUUAUAGGAACCCUUGAAUGCGGCCACCAGUACCAUGCGACAUGCAUAAAGCAAUGGUUGAUGAUGAAGAACCUCUGCCCCAUCUGCAAGACAACAGCGUUGUCAUCAGAUAGAAGCAAUGGAUGACCGUCGCCAAUAACAUUAUUGGUUAUUUACAGCGAGCAAAAUUAGCUCGACUUUGUAUAUAGACACGGUUGCCGGUUUUUACCGUCCCCUUCACCGUGGACAUAAACUGAGGUUUCCGAAAACUGUACAGACAUUUUGUAGGAUAUUUUUAGGUGUUUAACGGCCCCAUGGUGUGUAAAGCUCCCAUGAUGGCCUUGCUAGAUGCUCCCUUCCUUUCUAUUGUACAUUGUAUUUAUCUUUACUUUUCUUUUUUCUUCAGAAGAGAAAAGCACAAGAACCUUUAGUUCUGUACACUCUAGAAUUGAAAGAAACCAAAAAGUCUUCCUUGCUUGCGGUGCAUUUUGCUAAA